AUGUCUACAAUAGCUGUGCUUACUCCGUCCAUUGGCCAGUUCGGUAAGAGCAACAAUAUUACAAUAAAACCCCUAAGAGUUAUGAGUGACAACAUCUUUCUUAAACAGCUGUGGUUACGUACUCAUAAUACGAAAUAGUCUUCCUUUUUUAAAAGUGGUAGAAAUUACGAAAUUCGACAAUGGAAAUUCGUUCCCAAUGCCCCGGGGGAUGGGUACAUUUGAAAUUGACUGCGUCACUACGCAUUCUGUACAAUUUACAGAUAGUGCAUAGCAAUUUGCCUAUAUUUUUUGUGCGGCCACGCCUUCUGUUGGCCUCAUCACAAAAGCUGACAACUUUGUGUAGCCUGUAAAUAGAAAAUUAUAUUCCAUGAGCUAUAAUUCCGACGAAAAAGUUUCAAUUUUACAGAUUUGCGUAAUAUACGACAACUUUAUAUUUUAGAUCAAUUUAGGUUUCUGCGAAACUACCCACAUACCCCUCCCCUAACCCAACAUUUUGCCCAAGUAAGACGCAAAUGUUAACGUUGAGUUAGGGGAGGGGUAGGUGGGCAGUUUCCCAAAUUUCACCUGCGCACAUUUAAACAUGAUUUGAGCAAAGAUAGACAACAAUUUUUUGACAAUUAAAGCUUCUCAUUUGCACCAAGGCGAAAUGUCACCCCAUGCAAGGGAAUCCAAGACAGUCAAGAUUGGAUUCUAAAUUCCUCGAAGUGAAUUCCACAUUCCAGGUAAUGGAUUCCUGACUUUGUAAAAGGAAUUCAAAUUCCGGACUCCAAUCUUUAAUGGCAUUCCUUGAGCUGAUUUAUGGAUUCCAAAAAGCCCACAACUCCGGAUUCAACAAGCGGCCAAAAUUUCCCGGAUUUCGGAGUGCGGAUUCCCCUUGCAUUGGGCGAGGUACGACAGAAGUGAAUAGACAGAUAUAUCAAGCAAACCAGGUGCAUAUGGCCUAACCUCUCUUACGUGGUCACGCUUGUGCACCUGUACAGCGCCGACAAUCAGUAUUAGCCCGCGAGCAAGCUCUCCUAGGGUUCCCGGGUAAUCAGUAUUAAUAAUGGCAAUCUUUCAGGUGAAUGCCGUAAAUUGAAGUUCCCGGCCUCUUUCUCCUACACUGAUAAACGUCUGAAAGGCCACACGAUUAGAACAAGCCAAGUCCUGGACAUAGAUAUCUGUGAACUGCUGUGCUACCAGGAACCGAAUUGUGUUAGCAUUGAUUUUAAAUACGAAGUGCGCUCGGUAGCAGGAGGCAGCUCAUACAACUGUGAAUUAAACAAUUCAACCCAUCUGGGACACGAUCAGGAUUUCGUGGACGCAAAAGGAUACGUUUAUCGUGGAGCAGAGGUAGGCAGUUAUGAAGUUCCUCUACAAAGGAACAAAAGAAUAUCUGCAGUGAUAUCUAUGCCCUUUACAGAUUAUAAAAUUGGGAUACGAAUUGGAAUUAGAAAAUUGGCAGCGUGGCCGAGAGGUCAGCACACCCGAUUAAUGAAAAAAAUCCGUUAUUUACUCUUCGGGCAGUCAUUUAUAGCAAUUAAUGCUAGUGGGGCUGGGAAAAUGUCUUAGACAAAUCAUUUUAAAUCAAACGUUAUAGGGGAAGAAUCCCAACUGGCCGGAAUCAAGCCAGCAAGCUAAUAACAAGUUUGGUCGAGGAUUUGAACUCAGAACCACCGAGAACAAAUCCAGCUAGCAGUGAGGCCGGUCUUGAACCUGACUUUUUUCCUCUUUCAGUUCUUUGCUUUCUUUUUUCAUAUUCUUUUCUUCUACUACCUAACUUCUAGUAUUACCUUUUAUCUAAAGAGUGCUUGUGAUAAAGCUCCUUGUGAGAACGGUGGAACAUGCCAAGCUGGAUUUACAGAAAAAGGAUUCCGUUGUUUGUGCCCGGCGUAUGUCACCGGUAUACGCUGUGAACACGGUAGGCAACGUUAAAACUGCAUGUUCGUCAUAAUGUCAACUUUUUUUAUGGGCAAUGGAAACUUUUCCUAACCCACCUAAAUUUUUAGGUUAGGCCAGAGUAGCUCGAAAUUUAACUGAAGCCAAGGUUUAAAGGGUAAAAUUUAAAACAAAACGGCGAGAAAACGCUCUUGUGUAGGAAGACAUCUUUCUAUAAGAGAGCACCGAGCCUUAACGGAGACACCCAGUUACGCCUACACAACAUGACAGUCCAAAAAAGUCAGUAAGACAGUAGCCUGCGUAGCAAGCGUUUCCGUUUGGUUUCGGAGCAAAAGGAGACCGUGGAAGGGGAUUUUCGGUUUUGAUCGCGCAAGAAGUUAAACGAGAACCCUCCCCGUUCUUUUACUUCAAACAUUUUUCGCGCGGUCUUUGACUCUUGUUCCUCGUUCUUUGCUCCUAAACCGCACUGAAACGCUUGCUACGCAGGCUAGUAAGACAGUAAAACCAAGAACCACUACGAGCCUCAGCGCUCCGGAAGUUAAAAAAUUCGUACCGUCUGGUUGCUAUGAAGUGACGUAAUCAUCCCGUUGAGUAUCCAUCACCGUAACACUUUUGCGGUCAACUACCGCAGCGCUCGUAAAGUACUUUAAUUAAAACCGUGUUCAAAACCCUGUAGGAAGUCUGUUUAUUUUUGAGUCGAUUAAUGCACUGCUGACUUCCACGAGGUCAACUUUUGCAUAAAUUAUCAAACGUUAUGUUAAGCGGGAAAUCUACCUAUGGUUCGCGGGAGAAGCAACUUCUAUAGCGGCGCAAGACAAAUGUUUCGAGAGUCGAGGAUGUGCUCACAAACUAUUCACUAUGCGACGAAAGGAGAUAUCACUGGCAUGAUACCUGCAUGUAAUGGUAAUUUUUAUCAAUCCAGGUCGCGCCGUGUUCGCUCGAGAACGCUGUGACAACUUCGUUUGGCGCGCUUCUCAAUACUUCCAAAACAUGUUGUAAUCGGUAAGUAGACUUAAGCACUUAGUAUCGCCAAGCCAUUCGAAUCAGUGUAUACCCAAUUCUUUGUCUGAAGAUUCGCGCAAACACAUAUACCAAGUACAUCUGGAUGGAAGAGGAAAUUGUCUCCCUAAACGCAGCCAGGUUAUAUUUUGAAGGAUGGCGGCACAAUUCAACGCGUCUUCCAGGUCAGCCCUAAUUUAUAGUUCGUAAGAGUAUAAAUUGCGAUCUCCCUAUUUUCGCUUAAGCUUUCUUUGAUAAAACUUCAGUAGAAACAAAACAACGCAGACAUGAAAUUCUCCUGCAUGAGACACAAUCGGCUGAAGGAAAUAUCUGUUUACAAGUCGGGUAAAUUAUCCAUUCUUGCGCACCGCAAAAUCAGCUAAAAUCAGUCGCUGGAAACCUGGCAUAUUAUUAAGCCUGAGCGCUUCUAAGAAUAACACGUUUAGAACUUCGACGGGUAGAAGAAAAAGGCAGUUGUUCUAUAUCCUUUCUGCUUCAUCCAGGUAGAAGUCCUGGCGUGAUAUCAUUAUGCCUGAGCGCUUCUAGGAUAUAUAACACGUUUAGCAUUUCAACCCGUAGCCGUAAAAAAAAAAUUAGGUAGUUGUUCUAUAUCCUUUCUGGUUCAUCCAGGUAGAAGUCCUGGCAUGAUAUCAUUAUGCCUGAGCGCUUCUAGGAUAUAUAACACGUUUAGCAUUUCAACCCGUAGCCGUUAAAAAAAAUUUAGGCAGUUGUUCUAUAUCCUUUCUGGUUCAUCCAGGUAGAAGUCCUGGCAUAUUAUUAUGCCUGAGCGCUUCUAGGAUAUAUAACACGUUUAGCAUUUCAACCCGUAGCCGUAAAAAACAAUUAGGUAGUUGUUCUAUAUCCUUUCUGGUUCACCCAGGUAGAAGUCCUGGCAUGAUAUCAUUAUGCCUGAGCGCUUCUAGCAUAUAUAACACGUUUAGCAUUUCGACCCGUAGCCAUAAAAAAAAAUUUAGGCAGUUGUGCUAUAUCCUUUCUGGUUCAUCCAGGUAGAAGUCCUGGCAUGAUAUCAUUAUGCCUGAGCGCUUCUAGGAUAUAUAACACGUUUAUCAUUUCGACCCGUAGCCGUAAAAAACAAUUAGGCAGUUGUUCUAUAUCCUUUCUGGUUCAUCCAGGUAGAAGUCCUGGCAUGAUAUCAUUAUGCCUGAGCGCUUCUAGGAUAUAUAACACGUUUAGCAUUUCAACCCGUAGCCGUUAAAAAAAAUUUAGGCAGUUGUUCUAUAUCCUUUCUGGUUCAUCCAGGUAGAAGUCCUGGCAUGAUAUCAUUUUGCCUGAGCGCUUCUAGGAUAUAUAACACGUUUAGCAUUUCGACCCGUAGCUUUGAAAAAAAAUUUAGGCAGUUGUUCUAUAUCCUUUCUGCUUCAUCCAGGUAGAAGUCCUGGCGUGAUAUCAUUAUGCCUGAGCGCUUCUAGGAUAUAUAACACGUUUAGCAUUUCAACCCGUAGCCGUAAAAAAAAAUUUAGGUAGUUGUUCUAUAUCCUUUCUGGUUCAUCCAGGUAGAAGUCCUGGCAUGAUAUCAUUAUGCCUGAGCGCUUCUAGGAUAUAUAACACGUUUAGCAUUUCAACCCGUAGCCGUUAAAAAAAAUUUAGGCAGUUGUUCUAUAUCCUUUCUGCUUCAUCCAGGUAGAAGUCCUGGCAUAUUAUUAUGCCUGAGCGCUUCUAGGAUAUAUAACACGUUUAGCAUUUCAACCCGUAGCCGUAAAAAACAAUUAGGUAGUUGUUCUAUAUCCUUUCUGGUUCACCCAGGUAGAAGUCCUGGCAUGAUAUCAUUAUGCCUGAGCGCUUCUAGGAUAUAUAACACGUUUAGCAUUUCGACCCGUAGCCGUAAAAAAAAAUUUAGGCAGUUGUGCUAUAUCCUUUCUGGUUCAUCCAGGUAGAAGUCCUGGCAUGAUAUCAUUAUGCCUGAGCGCUUCUAGGAUAUAUAUCACGUUUAUCAUUUCGACCCGUAGCCGUAAAAAACAAUUAGGCAGUUGUUCUAUAUCCUUUCUGGUUCAUCCAGGUAGAAGUCCUGGCAUGAUAUCAUUAUGCCUGAGCGCUUCUAGGAUAUAUAACACGUUUAGCAUUUCAACCCGUAGCCGUUAAAAAAAAUUUAGGCAGUUGUUCUAUAUCCUUUCUGGUUCAUCCAGGUAGAAGUCCUGGCAUAUUAUUAUGCCUGAGCGCUUCUAGGAUAUAUAACACGUUUAGCAUUUCAACCCGUAGCCGUAAAAAAAAAAAAAUUUAGGCAGUUGUUCUAUAUCCUUUCUGGUUCAUCCAGGUAGAAGUCCUGGCAUGAUAUCAUUAUGCCUGAGCGCUUCUAGGAUAUAUAACACGUUUAGCAUUUCAACCCGUAGCCGUAAAAAACAAUCAGGCAGUUGUUCUAUAUCCUUUCUGGUUCAUCCAGGUAGUAGUCCUGGCAUGAUAACAUUAUGCCUGAGCGCUUCUAGGAUAUAUAACACGUUUAGCAUUUCGAUCCGUAGCCGUAAAAAACAAUAAGGCAGUUGUUCUAUAUCCUUUCUGGUUCAUCCAGGUAGAAGUCCUGGCAUGAUAUCAUUAUGCCUGAGCGCUUCUAGGAUAUAUAACACGUUUAGCAUUUCAACCCGUAGCCGUAAAAAAAAAAAUUUAGGCAGUUGUUCUAUAUCCUUUCUGGUUCAUCCAGGUAGAAGUCCUGGCAUGAUAUCAUUAUGCCUGAGCGCUUCUAGGAUAUAUAACACGUUUAGCAUUUCAACCCGUAGCCGUUAAAAAAAAUUUAGGCAGUUGUUCUAUAUCCUUUCUGCUUCAUCCAGGUAGAAGUCCUGGCAUAUUAUUAUGCCUGAGCGCUUCUAGGAUAUAUAACACGUUUAGCAUUUCAACCCGUAGCCGUAAAAAACAAUUAGGUAGUUGUUCUAUAUCCUUUCUGGUUCACCCAGGUAGAAGUCCUGGCAUGAUAUCAUUAUGCCUGAGCGCUUCUAGCAUAUAUAACACGUUUAGCAUUUCGACCCGUAGCCGUAAAAAAAAAUUUAGGCAGUUGUGCUAUAUCCUUUCUGGUUCAUCCAGGUAGAAGUCCUGGCGUGAUAUCAUUAUGCCUGAGCGCUUCUAGGAUAUAUAACACGUUUAUCAUUUCGACCCGUAGCCGUAAAAAACAAUUAGGCAGUUGUUCUAUAUCCUUUCUGGUUCAUCCAGGUAGAAGUCCUGGCAUGAUAUCAUUAUGCCUGAGCGCUUCUAGGAUAUAUAACACGUUUAGCAUUUCAACCCGUAGCCGUUAAAAAAAAUUUAGGCAGUUGUUCUAUAUCCUUUCUGGUUCAUCCAGGUAGAAGUCCUGGCAUAUUAUUAUGCCUGAGCGCUUCUAGGAUAUAUAACACGUUUAGCAUUUCAACCCGUAGCUUUAAAAAAAAAAAUUUAGGCAGUUGUUCUAUAUCCUUUCUGGUUCAUCCAGGUAGAAGUCCUGGCAUGAUAUCAUUAUGCCUGAGCGCUUCUAGGAUAUAUAACACGUUUAGCAUUUCAACCCGUAGCCGUAAAAAACAAUCAGGCAGUUGUUCUAUAUCCUUUCUGGUUCAUCCAGGUAGAAGUCCUGGCAUGAUAUCAUUAUGCCUGAGCGCUUCUAGGAUAUAUAACACGUUUAGCAUUUCGACCCGUAGCCGUAAAAAAAAAUUUAGGCAGUUGUUCUAUAUCCUUUCUGGUUCAUCCAGGUAGAAGUCCUGGCAUGAUAUCAUUAUGCCUGAGCGCUUCUAGGAUAUAUAACACGUUUAUCAUUUCGACCCGUAGCCGUAAAAAACAAUUAGGCAGUUGUUCUAUAUCCUUUCUGGUUCAUCCAGGUAGAAGUCCUGGCAUGAUAUCAUUAUGCCUGAGCGCUUCUAGGAUAUAUAACACGUUUAGCAUUUCGACCCGUAGCCGUAAAAAAAAAUUUAGGCAGUUGUUCUAUAUCCUUUCUGGUUCACCCAGGUAGAAGUCCUGGCAUGAUAUCAUUAUGCCUGAGCGCUUCUAGGAUAUAUAACACGUUUAGCAUUUCGAUCCGUAGCCGUAAAAAACAAUAAGGCAGUUGUUCUAUAUCCUUUCUGGUUCAUCCAGGUAGAAGUCCUGGCAUGAUAUCAUUAUGCCUGAGCGCUUCUAGGAUAUAUAACACGUUUAGCAUUUCAACCCGUAGCCGUAAAAAAAAAAAUUUAGGCAGUUGUUCUAUAUCCUUUCUGGUUCAUCCAGGUAGAAGUCCUGGCAUGAUAUCAUUAUGCCUGAGCGCUUCUAGGAUAUAUAACACGUUUAGCAUUUCAACCCGUAGCCGUAAAAAACAAUCAGGCAGUUGUUCUAUAUCCUUUCUGGUUCAUCCAGGUAGAAGUCCUGGCAUGAUAUCAUUAUGCCUGAGCGCUUCUAGGAUAUAUAACACGUUUAGCAUUUCGACCCGUAGCCGUAAAAAAAAUUUAGGCAGUUGUUCUAUAUCCUUUCUGGUUCAUCCAGGUAGAAGUCCUGGCAUAUUAUUAUGCCUGAGCGCUUCUAGGAUAUAUAACACGUUUAGCAUUUCAACCCGUAGCCGUAAAAAACAAUUAGGUAGUUGUUCUAUAUCCUUUCUGGUUCAUCCAGGUAGAAGUCCUGGCAUGAUAUCAUUAUGCCUGAGCGCUUCUAGGAUAUAUAACACGUUUAGCAUUUCAACCCGUAGCCGUAAAAAAAAAUUUAGGCAGUUGUUCUAUAUCCUUUCUGGUUCAUCCAGGUAGAAGUCCUGGCAUAUUAUUAUGCCUGAGCGCUUCUGGGAUAUAUAGUAGCAGUUUGACCCGUAGAAAAACCAAACUCAGCCGUUCAUUUUGUAGGAGAUAUUUAAGCGUUUUUGUCUGUGUUAGCAAUGUGAUCGACUUUAUACGCAGACCUUAAUAAUAUGUUUUUUUCUUUGACGGCACUGAAUAAUUUUAGCCGAAACUUGAGCCGUACAUUUGUUUAAUGCCGCGCUUUAAUUAAAUUUCUCGCCCUAGAAUGAUGACAUGAUGGCGCGAAAAUUGACGCCUCUAUCGUAUUAGAUGCGAAAUAUGAUCAGAGAUAAAUGGAAUAGUGAAUGUUACAAGCUUCUGAGUAUCCAGCUGAGAUAGGGGACUUUUAGUCCCCUAUCUCAGCUUGAUAAACAAAAUUUUUUUGGUUGCUAAGACGGUGCGGCUCGUUAUGCAACAAUUCCAACCCUGAGUUGGCCCUCGGCGGUCUUCGAGGAGCUUUGUCUAGGUUCCUCCUACGUAGACGUCCUUUUGGCUCGUCACUGGCGCAAUCCUUCCCAGUGCGGGGAAGGCUAUGUCCAGGUCAAUAACUACUGAAUAUCUCAUUUGGAAGGUUGCAAGUUUAUUUGGCGACAUAUGAGUCUGUGUAGUCUUAAAUUAGGAAGGGAGCUCACAGUUCCAAUUUGCGCUUCCUCGCCAGGAAAAUAAUUACCAUUGAGCUUCAACUUUUUCUUUCAUAUGUGCAAUGUAUAGAAAUUAAUUUUUUUGUGACGAAGUGAACUGAAACUAAACUGAUACUGAUCUUACUGGACUAAAACAUCAUUCGUAUUACCUGUAUUAUUUGUGAUAGGAGUUAACGGCUGCCAAGAUAUAAAAAUGAAAGGUCAUUCUAAGGGAGACGGUAUGUACUGGUUAGACCCUGAUGGAGAAAGCCAUUCAAACGCCUUCCUGGCUUACUGUGACAUGACGUCAUACAAUGGAGGAUGGACCAUGUGUUACACCACCGAUGAAUACGCCAAACCCAGGACUGAGGUCAAGUACAAUGCCACAUUUCCAUAUGGAACUGACGGGUACAGAACGAACUGCAACAAUAUCAAAGUAAGUUGAUUAAUUGCUUUGAAUGGCUUUAUUGAGUUACCUAUUGAAAAACUGGCAAAGGUUCUGGAAAACAGUUCUGAGUUCCAGGGUCAGUUCUGAAUCAAAUGCGGCGCAAAUCACCUGCUUAUAAACGCGGAUAAAACUAAACUUGUGCUCUUUGGAACACGGCAACUUGUAUCAAAGCUACCUAUGUCACUUCAUCCUUCCUUGGACAACAACUAUGCCCUGUCUCGUCCGCCAAAGAUCUGGAUGUUACCCUUGACUCUAGCUUAACAUUCAAUAAUCACAUCUCAUCAUUAUCGUCAUCCUUGCUAUCUAGUUUGUGCCAAAUAAGUAGGGUCCGCCACCUGUUUUCCAAAGAAGUUUUGUAUAUAAUGAUCAACUCUGUUGUGUGCAGUAAAUUAUUUUACUGUUCCGCUUUAUGGGCUGUUACAAACAGAACAUCCAUAAACUAAAACUUAUGCAGAACUUUGCUGCCCGUAUACUAACUGACACAGGGAAAUACGAGCAUAUUACCCCGGCCCUGAAAGCUCUUGGCUGGCUGACUAUAGAGGAGCAACUUUGGUUGCGGGAGGUGACAAUGAUGUACAAAUGUGUUAACAAUUUAGUGCCAGCAUAUAUUAGCUGUAAAAUAGGGAAGCGAUCCAAUGCGCACCCUUACAAUCUCCUCAACAGUGAAGGUCUAAACCUGCCAGGAUGCCGGACAGCGGCUGCCCAGAGUGGCUUCUUUUAUAGGGCAACAAAAGCGUGAAAUAGUGUCAGUAACAACACUAGAACUGCCCGAUUAUUGAGAUCAUUUAAAAAGCGGUAGCAUGCAAAGACAGCAUUAAUGUAGAAAUAGGAUACCGGUAUACAUAUCAUAGUAUUUUAUUACAUUGUUAAUUAUUAUUAGAAGUAGUAAUUUUAAGUUGUUAUUUAUAUAUCAAGAACGUGUAUAUCAUUAGUUUUAGUUGUAUUAUAUAUACAUAUUGUAAAUUAAUUCUGAAAAGCCCCUCGGGGAGAAUUAAUAAAAAAAGUAUUGUAUUGUAUUGUAAAUGCAGGUGACCUUAACUCUUAGUUCAUCAUAGCCUCUUUCAGCCCUUAUUUCGCUGUUGCUUUUCGUUCUAGUUUACAGAAAUCAUGUUUAUAGAUCACCAAACUGGAAGCAAGGCCUACUUCACACAACGUGACCAGACACCAAUAAAAGCCACCGGUAACUACGGGAAUAGAGGCAGUGCUUAUGGACUGUGGGACAGAGUAUUGACGGACGGAGUAGGAGCAAGUAGUAACACACACUUCGUCUACCAGCUGCUCGUCUGUGAUCAUUCUUUCUUUUCGGGCUUCUUCGUUUCCGGUUACACUGAUAGUACUGAUUGUUACAAAUAUUGUAAUACGUGGUGUGGUGAUUCUUCAUCGCCGUACUUCCGUACAGCAUCCACAGAUCUUCGAUUCAGUGGUGUGGCCUUCAACGAAAAUGGUCACCGAGCUCUCAGCAACAGGCUUAUUAGUGUCGGGUUGCGUUAA